AUGAAAGACGAUUUUUUUCUUGAUGAUUCUGUAUGGAAACAUUUUUUUCAAAAACUAACUGAAGAAACUGAUAAUUUUGAAUAUUUUGUUCAAAAAAUAGCUGGAGUAUUUUGUUUAUCAGCUGAUGAAGUUAAAGUAUAUCAAAGCAAUAAUCAUACUGAUAUUAUUGUAAAACAUAUCGAUUCAAAACAGGAAAAACAUUUUAUUAAUCUUAUUUAUGAUAAUAAUGUAGAAAUAAGUGUUAAUUUUGGAUUCCUUCUUAGAAAAGAUUUUUGCCCUGAUAAGAAGAUAUCGAACUGGGCAAAAGAUCAUACUUUCGAAAGUGAUCUUCGUAAAUUAUUUAACCAGAAUAGGAUAAUUGCCCAUAUAAUUCAAGUUACUGAAGGAGAUGGUGGAUUAGAUUUAUUACUAUCAUAUCAGGGUAAUCAAAUAUGUGUACAAUGUAAAGAUAGAGAAAAUGCUCUCACAUUAUCUAUAUUGAAAAAAUUUGAAUCCACAAUGACACAUUUUAAAAAUUCAUUGGAAAUUUUGGUUUAUAAUAGUAAGACCAUGAAAAAUGAAAAAUAUUUGACAAAACAAGCUAAACUUUGGUUGGAUAAUUCAUUACAACAAAUAAUUGUAUGUGAUGAAGAACAAGUUGUUAACAGAAUCAUAAACUUUUUUAAAAAUAAUGAAGAAUCAGAAUUAAUUUUAACUGAUUUUCAAGCAGAGAAAUUUUUUUUGAAUGGAAUUGAUUCUGAGAAU